AUGCGUUUGUCUCCUCGCGACCCAGGUUUUCCUCAUUCCGCAAUCCUUCACGCAAUUUGUGCAUCUGCCUCUCGCUGGUCUCCUCAAAACAUUGUCACGCUCCCCGACGGAACGCGACGUGAUCAAUUCGCUGAAUUUCAUGCUAGCAAGACGCGGCAAUACAUUGAUAGAACGAUGGCAAGCGGUGAAGACAUAUUCUCAGUGAUGCAAGCUUGCAUCCUUCUCUCUUGGUAUUUUUAUCAAGAAGGACGCUGGGUGGAGGUUUGGAUAUUUGCCGCAUUUCAAACACGAGUUGCUAUUCCCCUGCGCUUGAAUUACCCCGGCACUUUUUCUACUCACGGAAAUAACUCGCCCGGCGCGUACUUGGCUCCUCCCAAAGAUCUCCGCGAUCUUGAAUCGAGGAGACGAACUUGGUGGAUGACGAUUAUGUUCGAUCGCAUUGCCUCUGUCGGUGGUUGGAUUCACGCAGUCGACGAGCGCGAUCUGGGUACUGAGCUUCCUUUGCGAAACGAAGAUUUUGAAGCAGAGGCUCCCGUGCCUAGCAACCCGCAGGACCUAUCUUCCCCUGAUGUUUUCACUCGUCACCCUCCCCAGUAUACAGAUUCUUUCUUACUCCUCAUCAAAGCGGUGAUGCUGUUCGGGAGAGUCACUGACUUCAAUGUGCGAGGCAACCUCAGGGCACCGACUGCACCCAGCAAAAACCAGAAUCCAUUCUUUCUACCUGGCUUCGAACCACUCGACAAGCUAGUUGCCCAGGAGUUUUUGGAAAGCCUUCCCCAGAUUUUCAAGAAUAAUACCGGAGUUAUCGAUGCUGCUGAUGGUACGGCACUGGACACUGACAUGUACAUGGUUCAUAUUGUCCCACAUGCGGCGACUAUUACUUUACACAACCCUUACAUCGAUUUCACAGAUCCACAGAACGUAUCUACUGCCCGAUGUGUCCAUUCUGCCAGAUCUAUUCUUUCUGCGUAUUACGCGUUGUCGGCAACUUCUCUAGACAUCACUAGGCUUCAUCCCUUCGUCACAACCUAUCUUUCUUUCAAGAUUUGUUGGUAUCUUGCAGCUGUGGUCCAAGUCCAACUCUGCAAGUACUUCAUAGAAAUCAAUGACUCCGAUCGGGAAUCGACCGUCUGGGGGGAAAUUAACGUCCUGCGCUUCGCAAUGAUGGAGUAUGGACAGCGCUCUCCCAUCGGAACCCGGCAGGAGAGAUUGUUGCAAGGUCUUAUGAGGGAGAUCGUUCGAAUGACAGCGCAGAAGCAGCCGUUGGAAGUCGGCGUACCUCUUUAUCCCUUCUCCCACUCGAGCCUUUUCAGGAAAGAUGAAAUCCCUCGUGUUCCUGCCGAGGAUGGCGCAGCACUUCUGCCUAUCAGUCCUUCCUUUGAGGACCAAUCCGUGCCCAACCGGUCGUCGAAUAACUCAGUCUCUCCAAGCGGAAUGCCUGGAGUUGGUUGGCCAAGGCGUGACAUUUCUGGUUCUCCUGCAAAUACCAAUUUUGCUAUGUGA